CUGCUGGUUAUCUGGAAGGCUGCUGGUUAUCUGUCAGCCAUCUGUCAGGUUGCUGGUUAUCUGUCAGGCUGCUGGUUAUCUGUCAGGCUGCUGGUUAUCUGUCAGGCUGCUGGUUAUCUGUCAGCCAUCUGUCAGGCUGCUGGUUAUCUGUCAGGCUGCUGGUUAUCUGUCAGGCUGCUGGUUAUCUGUCAGGCUGCUGGUUAUCUGUCAGGUUGCUGGUUAUCUGUCAGGUUUUAACUAAACUCUCUGCUUUGUUCUCAGACUCUGAAUCUCCUGGUUCCUCCAUGGACACAGUUAAAUGUUCUGCUGGUUCUGUUCAGCCCAGCUGUGACCUGAUCCCUGAACAGAGUGGGAGUGUUUGUUUUAGCCGUGCUGGUUCCGAUCCGGGUCUCUGCCUCUGACUUCCUUCCUGCUCUCUGGGCACCCGGGACUGGCUGGGGCCUGGGUUUCCGGAGCGGAUGCCUCAGGCGGGUUGAGGCUCAGAACCUCGCUGGCCGGCUGCUGGAAUGGCUGCUCUGCUGUGGGCUCUGCUGCUGCUGGUUCUGGAGGCCAGGCCGGGCCGGCAGCAGGGCUGCCUGCCGCUGUGUUCUGAAGGCCGCUGCCUGACGGUGAACUGGGCCGGACUGGACUUUGAUUCGGCGGCGGUGGCGUGCCGCAGGCGGGGCGGGGAGCUGCUGACGCUGCAGGCUCAGAGCAGCCACCAACUGUUGGCCCGGCUGGCUCCGGUUCUGUCCGGUAGCUUCUGGAUGGGACUGCGACUGCCGGCCGGGUCCUGCAGCGACCCGGUAGAACCGCUCAGAGGGUACCGCUGGACCUCCGGCUCCGCCAACGAGACCUUCAACUCGUCCUGGGUCCAGUGGGCGGCCGGCGCUGCGGUCUGCUCGCCCAGCUGCGUGGCGCUGGCCCAGUACCAGGUCUGGACGGAGCGGCCAUGUUCAGACAGACCCAAUGGGUUUCUGUGCAGAACCGUGGACAGCAAUGCAUGCUGGGAGCUGGAGCACUUCCUCAACGGCCCUUUCCGGUGCAACGACGCCCCCUGCCAGCAGCAGUGUGCGGACGCCGAGGGUGGGGUCAGAUGCUCCUGUUUCCAUGGUUACGUCCCGGACAGCGGCGACCCGCAGCGCUGCCGGCUGCACUGCGCCCAGCAGAGCUGUCCGGCCGUGUGUGCGGCGGGGGAGUGCCGCUGCGCGGACGGCUUCCUGCUGGAGGGGCAGCAGUGCGUGGACAUCGACGAGUGCCACAUGGGGCAGUGCGACCAGAGCUGCCUCAACACCUUCGGCAGCUUCCUGUGCUCCUGCCGCCGAGGCUUCCUGCUCACGGGACAGGUGCGGUGUGUCGCUGUGGCAGCAGGCGAGGUCGUGACCCCGGCAGAUCGUGACAGCACCCUGAGGGCCGCCUCGGCUCCGUCAGGGCCUUUCCUCUGGGUCUGGGUGGGGGCUGCCGUGGUUCUGGUGGCGGCCGUGUUUCUGCUCAGAGUUUACGUUGUUCGGCGUCAGAAACGCAGAGAGCGAAGCUCCGACCAGCAGCCGGCCGCUCCCGCUCACCCCCUGGCCCCUGAACCACAGGUUUAAGCUGUGGAGGACAGAACCUGGCAGUCGGCGUUAAAAUGGCCGCCUUCUCUCCAUGUAGAAUUAAGUUUGUAACUUUUCUAAAAAUGAUUUUUAACUUUUUCUUUAAACUGUUGCCAUAGUUACUGUUAACAGAUUGUAAGGAGACAGAUCAUCUGAAACAUCAAUCUCCUCCAAAAACAGCCAAUCAGAGCCAGGAGACGGAGCUUAGUGCUGCUAAUUACCACCAUGUACUUGCCGCUAAAUGUGCUAAGUUGGUCAUCGUCAGUGGCUAUGCUAACUAGCCUUAGCAUUCAUGACAGCCUAUGCUAGCUGCAGUGUAGCAGAGAGCGGGGGGAGAUGAGCAGCACCACAGCAGCGCUAAGUCUGGCUGCACCAAUUGCAGUUUUCUGGCCGAUCACCGAUCUAUUAAAAAUCCUGUCCUGCCAAUUGUGAUUUUGACCCAUAGCACGGAUAAAUUGGGGCAUCCCUGGCGCUAAGACCCGCCUCCUGGCUCUGAUUGGUUGUUUAGAGUUAGCUCAGAGAAGGAAGAGUGGAUUGUCUCGGCAGUUUAAACAAAUAUGUAGAAAAUAUUUUUAUAAAAGUUAUAAACUGCAGCUUGAAUGCAAUUUUAGAAAAAUCCUUUAGAGGAAAUGUGUAGAAAUCUCCAGAUAUUUAGAUUGAGAAAUGAUGAAAUCUUGAUGGCACAGAGACUUGAAAUGAACAUUCAUGCUAAUGACUCAAUGCUGCAAAAUUAUCAGAUUCCUAAAGUAAUCAUAAGUAAAUUUUAUUUUAUAUUUUCUAAUUUUACUGGGAUUAUAAAUGUGCAUUUACCUCAAA